AUGGGGUGCACCGCCUUGAGAAGGCACACGUCACGGUCUUUCACGACCUCAAUCGAAGGGGCACAACGACUUGUGCGACCGGAUACUCUGCUUGCCCGUCAAGCUUGGAUGGAGGGUGUUGCGCUUCAGGCUAUGCAUGCGCGACGGAUUCUUGCUAUGCGACCACAAGUGCAGCGCAGACUUGCGCAGGAAAACCUGGAUAUUACCAAUGUAACACGGUUUUGGGUGGCGGCUGUUGCCCAGAAGGAUACCAGUGUCAAAGAGGCUCAAAUUGCGUUCCAGCCUAGCUUGAGCUACGGCUGCUGUCGAGACGGACUGGGCUGCGCCGUAAGCGCUUGCUACUCGACGGAGCCCUCAACUGUCACGGAGACGACGACGAUUACAACGACGAAUGACGCCGCGCAGGCGAUAACCACGACUGUAACCGCAACUGCUGUUCUAACUCCCUCAAGACCUACCACGGCGCCAAUAGUAGCAACAGGGGCGAGCGACCCGGACCAAGUUGUGUUCAAGUACUAUCCGAGCACUGUUCCAAAAGAGCAACCUAUCUCGAGCGGCGAUGGCAACAGUGAUGGAUUGACUUCGGGGCAAAUCGCGGGUAUCGUGGCUGGAGGAGUUGGCCUGCUCAUCAUUGUGCUGGUGACUGCGUGGAUCAUCAUUCGGCACCUCAACAAGGUUGUCCAGGCAGUCGAGACGAGCAACAAGGGAACCUCUUCAGGGGCUAAGUCACGCCCUUCGAUGUAUGAGUUCAAGCCAACACCAUCAGAGGUUGAUGAUUUGAGCAUAGACCCGCUCAUGAUGUCUCCUCGGCCAUCACACCGCAGAUAUGAUUCCGAUACGACUGCCGACUUCACACCUCCAUAUCGCGGCACGCCGGGGUCCGGUGGUGACUAUCAGGCAGUACCGCAAGGGUCAGGGUCCGAUCGACACGCUAGCUACGACUCAGCAUAUACAGGAGGCUACUUCGACGUGGCGCCAGACAGGAGUCAGCGCGCAAGCCAGGGAUCGAGCGCGUGGGUCGGACUCCAUCGCGGAAGCACGGAUUCACAAGGAACCUACGCGCAUCUUCGCCAUUGGAGCAACGCCAGCGAAGCAAGCAGCGACCACGGCAGUGCGGGUACUCGGACGCCACUCCAAGAACUCGACUCGACGCCAUAUGUGCCGGAGUUGGCCGCUUCUCCCGUCCCAGACGCCGUGGCAGAUACGCGUCGCCGGUCAGGGAGCGGGCUAUCGGGCAUGAGCCGGCCACCUGCGGUCCAUCAGCGGCGAAGGAGCAGUGAGGGAGGCCACGGCAGAACGAGGAGUGACAGCUCUGCCCCAGCUGGGCUCAGUGUCGUGAAUGAGGCUUCAGAGCUCAUCGGCCACUAUGGCCCGACGGAUCGAGCGAAUGGUCAGACGUCGAAUGGGAAGUAA